AUGGAAGCGGUUGCGAAGCAUGAUUUCACGGCCACGGCACCAGAUGAACUUAGUUUCACAAGGGGUACCAAACUCAAGAUCCUUAACACAGAAGAAGACAAAAAUUGGUACAAAGCAGAAUUAAAUAGGCAAGAAGGUUUCAUCCCAAGCAACUACAUUGAACUAAACUAUCCAUCGUAUGUUGGCUGA